UUGGUAAUCCACUAAGGAGCUCUAAGCCCAAAGUAAAGCCCAUUUGUGAAUAAAAGAAAGCCCUUAAGGAAAUCACACAAAAGAGUCGGAGAAGGAGAGAGUGAUUGGGUGAGAGAAAGAGAAGACGAAAAAAAAAUGAAAUUCACAGAUUCUCCGGUGAUCGAUCUGACGGUGAACGGCACGCGACUCUCAAUCCAGCAAGACAAUGGCUCGAUGCACGUCGGAACCUCCGUGUGGCCAUGCUCUCUGAUCCUCGCCAAGUUCGCCGAGCGGUGGUCCACGGUGGACUCAUCAUCAUCAUCGUCGUCUCCAAAUCCAUACGCCGAGCUCCUCGAUUUCCGCCGCCGUCGCGCCGUCGAGCUAGGAACCGGAUGCGGAGUCGCCGGUAUGGCUUUUCACCUACUAGGUCUAACGGAGAUCGUGCUCACCGACAUCUCUCCGGUCAUGCCGGCGCUCAAACACAACCUGAAACGGAACAAGGCGGCGCUUGGGAAAUCCCUAAAAACCUCGAUCGUUUACUGGAACAAUAAGGAUCAGAUCUCGGCGCUGAAUCCGCCGUUCGAUCUGGUGAUUGCGGCGGAUGUUGUGUACAUCGAGGAAUCGGUUGGGCAGCUAGUGACGGCGAUGGAGUCGCUUGUGGCGGAAGACGGCGCGGUUUUGCUUGGUUACCAGAUUAGGUCGCCGGAAGCUGAUAAACUAUUUUGGGAGCUAUGCGACGUCGUUUUUAAGAUCGAGAAAGUUCCUCAUGAGCAUUUACAUCCUGAAUACGCAUACGAGGAAACUGAUGUGUACAUCUUUAGGAAGAAGGUGAAGAAGAAUCAGAUUGUAUCAGAGUAAAGCCAAUUUCGUUUUCUUUCAAAAAAAUCUUGUAUAGUUUUAAUGUUUUUUUUUUCUUUUAAUUGAAUGCAACUUUUCUCUUUGGCAUUGAAAUCGAAUUAUAGCUCAAAUAAUUUAUAC